UGCUAGUGGUGUACUGGGUGUAAAACAGCUAUCAGAAGAGGGAACACCAGUAGAGUAUCUUGAAGGAGAUGGAGGUGAAUACUUCAGCUGGCAUAUCUCCUGGGAAAUAUAUUGCCCAGUGUGCUGAAAAGCAGAUGCGACAUAGGAAAUAAAUGCAAGCUAGAGCUGAACAACCACCUACAAAACACAGGCGUUUGAUAUUGAAGCAGGAGCGAGUCACUACUCAAGGAGCUCAUGAGUCUUUAGAGGGAGUCUCGUACCAAUCUGGCAUUGGUCAUGAAUCAAAUGUUGGCAUUGAGAAGUUACCUGAUGCUGUUCCACGUGGUCAUUUCAAAGCUGUCAAACUGCCAUCAAGUGAAGAACCUACAUUUAUAUCAUUUGACUUGGAAACUACUGAUCUGAUUCGUGGGAGACUGAUGCCCCAUCUUAUACAGAUAGCAGCGGCUGACCUUCAAUCUGGCAGAUAAUUCAACACCUAUGUUCUUUCUAAGG